AUGCCAGUGAAGAGAAGUGAUUUAUCUGUGAUCUAUAAGCAUCAGGCACCCCCAAAGAGUCCAUAUGCGUCGAGUUCCAGUGUAAGUGGGUUGGUCAACCAAUCAACACCAAUGAUUGCCAUGUUCUUAAAAAACAAGUUCCUGGCAUGGUUUGCACUAAUACAGAGUUUCUAUGCAUAUUUGAAUUUUUCCCCCGAAGAGACCAGCUCCAACAGUUCGAACCCAUCUGAUCAAAGUCCAGGUCUUAGGGUUGCAAUGAGUGUAAUUGGACUAUUUGUUUGCUACAUGGGCCUCGUUUUCCCCCAACCAGCGCCAGCAUCAUUCAGCAAGGCACCUGAUGCAUCUGCGUCUGCAACUGCAGCAGCAGCAGCUACGUCUUCAUAA